GUUUGAUUAUUAGGCAUGGCAUCUUGCUGUAAAUACCUGCUACUCUUACUUUCUCCUCUCGUCUCUCCCCAUUUCUCUCUCUGUGGACACAGCGGCGACCCGCAAACAGCGCCCAACCACCCGCGACGCGACCUAGCCGGCGAGCGGCGGCACCACAGGUCCGUCGAGGGGCGUUCUUCAGGUAGUCAAAACAUGGUUUUCCUUCAGGAGGAGAUGUCUUGGAACGUGCUGAUCUCACCGGACCAGCUGAGCCCCAAGGGCCUGCUGCUCCGCAAGUCGAUCAUCGUGCGUCUUCUGGAGGACAUCACCAACAGGAAGGCCUCCAAUGAGCAUGGCUACUACAUUGCUGUCAACGAGCUGAAGACGAUCUCUGAAGGGAAGGUUCGUGAACUGACCGGAGACGUUCUUUUCCCGGUCACAUUCACCUGCAUCACUCAGAGGCCUAUGAAGGGGGAGAUCUUGGUCGGCUCCGUGGAGAAGAUCCUCAAGCACGGGGUCUUCCUCAAAUCCGGGCCAAUCGAGAGCAUCUUCCUGUCGGAGAAGUCGAUGAGCGACUACAAGUACAUGGGCGGCGAGAACCCCAUGUUCAUGAAGGACCACUCAAAGCUGGAGAGGGACACCGCUGUGCGCUUCAAGGUCAUGGGGUUCCGCUGGAUGGAGGCAGAACGCCAGUUCCAGCUCCUUGCGUCGCUGGCUGGUGAUUUCCUCGGGCCGCUGUGAGCUGCUUCGAACAGGCUGCUGUACAUUUUGUUAUCCUGUGUGGUGGUGGAUGAACUUUGAUGUUGUGAGGACUGAUGACAUGGUUGCUGUAGCUUUUCGCAGUUGAUGCAGGCUUAGGGUGUGGUGCCAAUGACAUUUGGUUCUAUGUCUUAACUCAGUGUAGAUGUGGACUUUGACGAGCCUGCGUUUGCUCAUAUCACUCUCAACUUGGAUGCAUGUGUUUGUGA